AUGGAAGCCCUUGGCGUCCGAAGCCUGGGCCGCCGACGAAAGGGUGCCCCUGCCGCCGCCCGCAUCCCGGUCCAACAGGCACCGUCCCAGGCACCCGCACCCGACACCAGCAUAGCGACGGACGAAGACGAGAAGUGGGAGUUGGUGGAUAUCCUGGAUCAUGACAUCGACCCUGAUGACCCAACCCGGAUUAUCCUCAAGUGCAGAUGGAAGGUGGCCAACGACGACACCAGUUGGGAGCCUGAGUGGCUGAUUCAAGAAGAUGCACCGCUACUGUGGAAGGAGUACAUCGCAACCUGCGACCAUCGCGCCAUUCUGGGACCCCGACAGCGACACAUGUGGCAUAUACUUGCUGUGAAGUCGCAUACUUUCACCAGAGGCAAGAAGAAGAACAACGCCACGAUGACGGUUACCUGGGUCGGGUCCACGGACGAGUCGGUUGUGUCGGAAGCCUUCGUCAAGCAAAACAACCCUGCUAUGCUCGAGGAGUAUUGGGGAAGCAUCGGUGGACGCAAGUGA